UCCGUGCGUAAACCUCUAAAGGGCUAAAACCCCAGCUCUCUUCUUCUUCGUCUUCACUCUUGAGUAGUGACUAUUCACACCAUUUCUGAGCUUUUUGGAGGUCUGAAACAUGGCCGUAUUCAAGCAACUUCUCUCUCAAGCCCACCGCCAUUACUCCUUCCCUAAAUCCCACCAAUCCCUACUUUCUCUCCUUACUAGAAAUCGGCCCUUUUCCGACCAACCUCCUCCAAAUUCAUCCCCAAGAAACCCCAUCCCCAUCCAACCGGUUUCCUACGCCGUUAAAGAACCCAAUCCCGAAAACAAGGAAAUCCCACCACCAGCAGCUACUGAAUCCCAGCCCCAAGGCCCCGCCACAGGCCAAUCAUCAUCGCCACCGGAGCAAAACCCUGGUGGGCCGGACCAGGAUGUUAGAGCGUCUUGGACCCGAGAGGAAAUUCGAUAUGUGAAGGAUACUCCGAUUAUUUCUCCGGUGUCGUACCAGGCUCGGGUGGCCCCGUUGCCUGAGGACCGGGUGGCGGCUGAGGAGGUGAAGGAGGAUGAUGAGUUGGAGACGGAGAGGAGGAGAAUUGAGGCUGAAAAUCAGAAUAUGAUGAGGAGGGUUUUGAGGGUUCAGGAGGAAAAGGUCCCUUUUCCAACUUUGAUUAGGACGGAUGAUAGUAAGAAAGGGAAGGUUGUUUAUGAUCUUAAAGAUGCAAUUCAGCUAGUAAAGGCUAAUGCCAAGCGUAAUUUUGAGGAAACGUUUGAAGCACACAUCAAACUGACACCUGAAUUACGUAGAACUGAUCUGAAGCUUAGUGGUUCUGUCUUGCUCCCACAUGGUUGUGGAAAGAAUUUUCGGGUGGCUGUCUUUGCUGAAGGAGAUGCUGCGGAGGAGGCUCGUGAAGCUGGGGCUGCUUGUGUUGGUGGAAAGGAGCUUGUAGAUAGAAUAAAGAGAGGUGAGGAGAAAUUUCGGUAUGAUAGAUGUUUUGCUACUCGGGAAAUGAUGAUUUACGUGCCAAAGAUAGCAAAAUUCCUGAAGCGAGGGUUGAUGCCAAAUCCUGAUAAUGGCACUGUGACCAAUGACAUUUCAAGGGCUGUUAGAGAAGCAAUAAGUCAAACCAUUAUGUUCCAAAAAGAUAAAUCUGCAAUAGUGCAUGUACCACUUGGAAAGGUGACGUAUCCAGAAGAAGCCUUACGUGAAAAUAUAGGUGCCUUUGUCAAUGCCCUCUUGCAUGCUAAACCUGCAGGAUUAAAGAAGAGUUCCAAAUAUGCUGGGUACGUUAGUACUUUUCACAUCUGCAGCACGAUGGGUUCAUCAGUCCCUGUAACAAUGCAAUCGGUGUCCAUGGCUGUUGAUCGAUACAACAAAUUGAGACUGCAGGCAUAAUUAGCUUAGGUUCAAUCGGUGGAGCUCGUGAUUUUGUAGUAGCAAUGUGUUGCUGGUGAAAUCUCUCUGUGAUGGUUUUGCAUCAUGGUUCCUCUUAUGUUUUUCCCUCAUUUAGGUUACUGGUUCUCCUUUUUUGUUUUUUGAAUAGGUUUAUUUGUAAUAUGUCUCUACUUCUCUAUUUUAAAGUUGCAUUCGGUUGUAGUGAAUACAGAGUAGGGUUUAGCUCAAAGGGCCGAGUAGAGGGUUAUUAAACAAUCACAAAGCAGUUCUGUACCAUCCUUUAUUUUGUAAUUUCAAGACGAGCCAUGGUUGUUUCCUUAAUGGAUGAGCCAUCCAUAGGUUUGCUUCCAUGAACACAGCUUUCAGCUAAA